AUGAAGCCGAUCGUAGUGUUCGUUCUUGCAGUGACAUGCGCCAUCGUGGGGGAAGUGCACGCGCAGCCGCGCAUGAUCGGUGGUAUGGACACCAAUAUCAAGGAUUAUCCCUUCAUGGUCCAUUUCACUUACUUCGGUGAUCCAGUGGGCAACGGGGUCGUCCUCAGCGACAAGUGGAUCCUUAGCGGGGCGAUUGUCGUCCUCGGUACGCCAGCCUCCGCGUACCUGGUGCUACUCGGCUCGAGCGACUACAGGAACGGUCCGCAAAAAUUCCAAGUCGAAAGAAACUUUCCGCAUCCCGAGUACGUGGGGUAUGACAACAAUAUUGGGCUGUCGAAGCUCGCCCGGCCAAUCAAAUUCAGCAACGUAGUGCGGCCCAUCCAAAUCGCCACCGACAGUCCCGACUACAUCCGGCUGACAAUGGUGUCUUUCGGCCGAAAUGACCGCGGUACCACGCACUUGCAGAAAGCCGAAUUCGAUAUGUCCGUCGAUCCGGUUUGCAUUGGCAAACUGAAGGAGUACGAAGCGAAGCAAGUCGUCGAGGUGGGCCACGGCUACUGUGUGACGUCACCAGGUGGUCGCGGGGGACAUUACUUUACCGACAUUGGUGCCCCGGUUGUUUCGGGCUCCAGUAAACUGUACGCGUUGUUCUCGUUCUCCGAAGGCCCGGGAGGCAUCACUGAAGUGUCGGUGGCCACACGGAUCCUUCCGUACAAGGAGUGGAUCGACAAGACAAUGUCCAGGUUCCCCUAA